UCUAGCCUGCUAGGUCCUGUGGCUGGCUGCACCCUGGGCGGCCUCAGCUGCUCAAGCCAGAGGAUUGACUUCCUUCCCAACCCCCAAGCAGCUUCUCGAGUCGGGGAGAGAGUGGACACAGGGGCUUGGGGCUAGGGCGGUCUACACCAGGCUCCACACAAGCCUAGCCCCUUGCCCACCCCUGAUCUCUCAGUAGCCAUUGCCCCUUCCUGGGCCCCAGCCAUGAAACCGCCCAAGGGGACCAGGAACUCUGGGUUCAAAGGGCAGCACCCAGAGGAGAACAUUCAGGUGCCUUCUCGGCAGGAGGUAAAGCAGACUCCUGUGAUCAUGGCAAUGAUCAAAGGUCCGGGCCCGGCUAAGUACCUCCGGCCAUCCUGCACGGGCUACUCACGCCACGAUAUCUCCAUGUUCCAGGAGCCAGCCUACACUCUGCAAACCAGGCACUCGGAGAAGCGGGUCAUGGACAUUUGCAGUCCUGGGCCUCGCCAUUUCUUGGAUCCCAAAAUAACCCGGUUUGGAAUGUCCAGCUGCCCACAGGUCCUCAUGGAGGAACGCCUCUCUAACCUGCGUGUGAGCCCCAACCCAGCCUCCUGCCAUUACUCCUUGGAGAAGACCCACCCACCUGGGGAACGCAGGGCUCCCCAGUAUGCUUUUGGCUACCGGUGCCCAUACAGAGUGAUGGACCCCAAUCCAGCCCCCAACCGGUAUCAGCUGCCACUCUUGCUGGGUCCCAACAACCCCGUCAGCCGAGCUGCUCCUUGCUAUAGUUUGGCCUUGGAACACAAGAACUGGUUCUACAAGGAGGAUGUGGCAGGAGGCCCCGGGCCGGCCAUGCACGCCCGGCCUGAGCCCUCCGUGUACCAGAACCGUAGCCCUGACUACAGCAUGGCCAAGCGUUUCGCCUACCCGAUGGACCACACUCCUCGGCCCGGCCCUGGCUCCCACGAUGUCCAGCAGGUCUGGGUGCACAAGCCCCGCACCCCUGCAUUCACCAUGGGCAUCAAGCACUCACCCCACCUAUGCCCGCUGGUCAUCGACAUUCAUGAUUAAGGCCCCUCCUGGGGCCCUUGCCCAUCUCUCCCCACAGAAGUUAUUUUUAUAUGUGGAACUGAGCAAUUUACCAAGGUUUCAAG